CGCUAGCUACUUGUUACUUGUUUUGACCGCGUGUGCUCCGCCUCCUCCCCCAUGGAGGUGCUGAAGAAAGACGCCGCCCUGGGCUCGCCCAGCAGCGUCUUCUACUUCCUGCUGCUGCCCACUUUGGUGCUCUGGUACAUCUACUGGCGACUGUCUCGCGCUCAUCUCUACAGAUUGGCCGCGCGCCUGCCGGGCCCGCGUGGUUUGCCCAUUGUGGGGCAUCUGUUUGAUGUGAUUGGACCCGCUUCGUCUGUUUUCAAAACAGUCAUACGCAAAAGCACACCCUUUGAGCAUAUCGCCAAAAUGUGGAUCGGUCCCAAGCUGGUCGUCUUCAUCUAUGAUCCGCGCGAUGUCGAGCUGUUACUGAGCAGCCACGUGUACAUUGAUAAGGCAUCCGAGUACAAGUUCUUCAAGCCCUGGCUUGGCGAUGGUCUACUCAUUAGCACAGGUCAAAAAUGGCGCGCUCAUCGCAAACUAAUCGCACCCACAUUCCAUUUGAAUGUCUUAAAGAGUUUCAUUGAAUUGUUUAACGAGAACUCGCGCAAUGUGGUGCGGAAACUGCGUGCGGAGGAUGGUGGCACAUUUGAUUGUCAUGAUUACAUGAGUGAGGCAACUGUGGAGAUUCUAUUGGAAACCGCAAUGGGCGUAUCAAAGAAGACGCAGGACAAGUCGGGAUUUGAGUACGCGAUGGCCGUGAUGCGCAUGUGCGAUAUACUCCAUGCCCGCCAUCGCAGCAUCUUUCUGCGCAACGAGUUCAUCUUCACGCUGACCCGCUACUACAAGGAACAGGGCCGAUUGCUGAACAUCAUUCACGGCCUCACCACCAAGGUCAUACGCAGCAAGAAGGCGGCCUUCGAACAGGGCACCCGCGGCUCUCUGGCACAGAGCGAGCUGAAGGCGGCUGCUCUCGAACAGGAGGAGCGGGAACUGCGUGAGCAGCAGCAGAAGUCACCAGCUGCCAGCGCCAAGCCGGAGCUAGUCCAAGCCAGUCCCGUUGCCGGCCUCUCCUACGGCCAGUCGGCGGGCCUUAAAGACGAUCUGGACGUGGAGGACAAUGAUAUUGGCGAGAAGAAACGUUUGGCCUUCCUCGAUCUAAUGCUGGAGAGUGCCCAAAACGGCGCCCUAAUUACGGACACAGAAAUCAAGGAGCAGGUCGAUACGAUUAUGUUUGAGGGACACGACACGACGGCGGCUGGAUCCUCGUUCUUUUUGUCGCUGAUGGGCAUACACCAGGAUAUACAGGAUCGCGUUAUUGCCGAACUGGAUGGCAUCUUUGGUGACUCCCAGCGACCGGCCACAUUCCAGGAUACGCUGGAAAUGAAAUACCUGGAACGUUGCCUCAUGGAAACGCUGCGCAUGUUCCCGCCCGUGCCGCUGAUCGCACGCGAGCUGCAGGAGGAUCUGAAACUGAACUCGGGACCCUAUGUUAUACCGCGUGGCGCCACAGUCACAGUGGCUACCAUAUUGCUGCAUCGUAAUCCUAAGGUCUACGCCAAUCCCAAUGUCUUUGAUCCGGACAACUUUCUGCCCGAACGCCAGGCGAAUCGACACUAUUAUGCCUUUGUGCCGUUCUCCGCAGGACCUCGCAGCUGUGUGGGUCGCAAAUACGCCAUGCUGAAACUGAAGAUCCUGCUGUCAACCAUUAUGCGCAACUAUCGUGUCUAUUCGGACCUCAGCGAAUCGGACUUCAGGCUGCAGGCGGACAUCAUACUGAAGCGGGAGGAGGGCUUUCGCGUGCGCCUCCAGCCCCGACAGCCGGGACAGGCAACCACAACUGGCAGCACGGCAGCAUCAUAAACUUAUGCAUAUCUUUAUUUGCAAGUGAUAGUCCCGGUCUAUACAGUAAUACUCCAUGCAUAAUAAAAACAAGAAACAAAACAGAACACACCCACACACACACACACACACACACACACACACACACACACACACACACACACACACACACACACACACACACACACACACACACACACACACACACACACACACACACACGCA